AUGUCACACAAGCGCGCGGUUGAGGCUUUGAACCGGAGCCUGCUGGACAUCCGCAGCAAUGAGACGCUGAUGGGAGGUGCUGUUGUUGUACUCACUGGUGAUUUUCGGCAAACUCUUCCAGUUAUCGAAAAGGAUGGCGCAUCGAGGGUGUACACGUCCAUAGACACGGUGAUGGCAAGCGAUGACAGCACUGCGUAUCCCGUGGAGUUUCUCAACUCAUUAGAAUUGACGGGCGUACCGCCCCACAAGCUGGAGCUGAAGGACGAGUGCACAAUGUCACACAAGCGCGCGGUUGAGGCUUUGAACCGGAGCCUGCUGGACAUCCGCAGCAAUGAGACGCUGAUGGGAGGUGCUGUUGUUGUACUCACUGGUGAUUUUCGGCAAACUCUUCCAGUUAUCGAAAAGGGUACACCGGCAAAUGAAAUGAACGCGUGUCUCAAGGCUUCGUAA